CAAGGGACACCACUCACAUGCUUGAUUAAGAAAAUGGCGGGCGAAUGGGAAGAGGAAUAUAUGGUUGUUGUGGAUCUGAUGGGGACAAAUGAGAUGAAGCUACACAAUGCAGACAAGCUAGAAGUAGAGAUGCUGGGUGUGGCCAGUGAUAAGCCAGUUAUGCUAGUUAAUGGCACUGCAUUUUCUGGCCAUUUUGAAGAUUCCAUUGGUACCAAUAUUAUCAUGGAGCUGAAACAGGAUGAAACUCCAGAGGCCAGCUUAAAAUCUCCACAAACAAAAGGACUGGAGUUUUUCUGCAAAACUGACAAAAAGCUAGUAAUGGAAAGGACAUUUCUCUUUGAAAAAGCUUCAGUCCGGGAAAGAAAUCAGUCAUCAAUACUAAAAGCGCAGGAAGUGGCUUUGGAAGCAGCAGACGUUGUGUCUGUUCCUCGGUCAUUGCAGACAACAGACAAAGAUAUGGUUCAACAGAUAGACAACAGUUCAGAUGGUCAGGAUCAAACGUGACCUUUAUCCCACCAGCCAUAUGCUGGGAUGAAGAACAAACUUGUCUGAAGUAUCAUGAUCAGAACAUUUAGUGUUUUGGAGAACAGCUGUGAAUUUGUGACCCAUGUGCCAUUCCCCCAAAACUGGCUCUUCAUGUUGGGCAGCUGCUCAUAAAGGGUUCUGUCAUAUAUGCUAGCUUGCAUCACUUUUGCAGCAGUUUAUUGGCAACAGAUUAAUGUUCAAGCAACGGCAGUAAAAUCUUGCCAACUUUCCCCUUGUUUAACCUAGCAGCACCUGAUCAUCUUGCAUGUACCCCACUGCAACUAGCUGAGGCUGAAUAGUUUUUAAUACUAAUUUCUGUCUCUUUUUCUCAUCUGUUACAUCACAUCGAUGAAACUUGUCAAAGGUGAGCCAUUGGGAUAAAUUUUAGUGCAUGUUUUAUAAAGGUUCUAUGUAUAAUUUCA